AGAAUUAAAGGCAUUAAAGCAACAGAAGACACAUGGCUGAUCGUCGAUGUACUAAAAUGUACUACAUACCUGAAAUUAUUAAUCUUUCCGCCAACAUUUUUGACCUUUUUGCCACAAAUAUCGUCCCUUGUGUGCCGGUAACCAAUAAUCGAGACCUCCGGAGGCUCGAAAGCAACGGUGGUCGAGCGAAAAUGGUCCCAAAUCGACCAGAAACUCGACGUGCUGAAGGAACGGCACGACCCCCUUUAGAUCCAAUCCAAGUUCUUCGGGAACUCCAUUUUGGGGGUGUCCGCCAUCAGGUUAGGAAGCCAGGACUGCUGCCGUAAAGUAGGACCGGGAUGGAGGCGAUUGGUAGCAGGAGCUGACCCUUCAAGAACCCUCCACAGCGCCCGCCGUAUGGGUAGCCAUGAGGGCAAAAACCCUCGUCCUCAACUUGCAGAUGCUGGGUUGCCUGGCUAUAGCACCCUAGUGUACCUGGAAGAUGGCUCUCACCUACGGAGGUUUUGCCAAAAAGGACCUCCAUUUCGGAGGACGAUUGAUUUGCCCAAGUGGCAGUUAUUUUCGCUGCUGAGGCCGGAGAGACCAAGGCUGGCCUGUAGAUGAUCAAAUUCCUGCCCCAGAAGAACCUGCUUCUUUGAGACACCCAAACUAUCAACAAAUUAACUGCAGAGAGGUGGAUGGACCAGUCAGCUCAUUACCUUCACUCAGGCCGUCUCUUUUUCUCUCUCUCUCUUUCUACCCCGCAGCCCCGAGAGCGAGCCAACGAACGGAGACAACGAACUGCAGUUCGGACCAAACACGAGAGCGGAACAGACUUGGAAUGCUUGUCGGCGGAGGAGGCAGACGGCCGCCCCCGGGGGCGCACAGCUGAUCUAGAAUGCUGAGGCUGCUGCUGCUGCUUGUGGCGGCGUGUGGCCUGGCGUCGGGGGCCGGGGCGGCCGCCUCCGCGCUUGCCGGCCGCACGCGCAUCAACUCGGGCAGCUUGAUGCCGUCCCCAGCCGCCCCCAGGGCCCAAGCACCGCCCCGCCGGCGGGACGUUUACAUUGCGGGCUUCUUCCCGUACGGCAAGCACGUGCCCGAGGCCCGGUUGGGCCGCGGGGUCAUGCCCGCCGUCAAGCUGGCCGUCGACCACAUCAACGAAAGCCCCGACGUGCUGCACAACUACCGCCUGCACAUCUACUGGAACGACACUGAGUGCAACGCAGCCGUCGGCGUGAAGGCGUUUUUCGACAUGAUGCACGACGAGCCGCACAAACUGAUGCUCUUCGGCGCCGCUUGCACCCAAGUCACCGACCCCAUCGCCAAAGCCUCCAAGCACUGGCGCAUCACCCAGCUGUCGUACGCGGACACGCACCCGAUGUUCACGGCGGACAACUUUCCCAACUUCUUCCGGAUCGUGCCGAGCGAGAACGCGUUCAACGCGCCGCGCCUGCGGCUCCUCGAGGCCUUCAACUGGACCAGGGUGGGCACCAUCUACCAGAACGAGCCGCGCUACUCCUUGGCGCAUAACAAAUUGGUGGCGGACUUGGACGACCUGAAGGUGGAAGUGGUCGAAACGCAGAGUUUCGCGAGGGACCCUGCAGAGGCGGUGGCCAAACUGCGCGCCAAAGAUGUGAGAAUCGUGCUGGGAAAUUUCAACGAGACCUGGGCGAGGCGGGUUUUGUGCGAAGCGUUGAAGCAGGGCAUGAUUGGGAGGAAACACCAGUGGCUCCUGAUGGGCACCUACAGUGAGCGAUGGUGGGAGGACGAGCCCAAGCUUGACCUUUUCGACGAGGUCACCGUUCGACCCGGGGAAUGCACCCCUGACCAACUGCGCGAUGCUCUGGAAGGUGUCAUCCUGACCGAUCUGCUGCCGCUCAGCACCAGCGGCGACAUCACCGUGUCCGGCAUUACUGCCGAUGAGUACAAGGCUGAGUACGACGUUCGACGAGGCCGCGAGUACUCGCGGUUCCACGGGUACACAUACGACGGCAUCUGGACGGUGGCCCUGGCCAUCCAGCACGUGGCCAGGGCCAUUCAUCACUUCCGACCCAACCAGACCGUGUCCGACUUCCAGUACAGAGACACUUUGUGGGAGACGCUUUUCCUCGAGGCCCUUCGCAACAUGAGCUUUGAGGGAGUCACGGGGCCUGUGAGAUUUUACAACAAUGAGAGAAAAGCAAGCAUACUACUGAAGCAGUUUCAAGAUGGUGAAGAGGUGAAAAUAGGAGAGUUCAACGCAGUGGCCGACCAGCUGGAUCUGAGUCGGGGCGAACCCAUCAAAUGGCACGGCCGAGGCCCUCCUAGGGACAGAACGGUGACCCUGAUCGAGCACACGCGAAUCGACCUGAAGCUCUACUCCCUGUUGGCGUCCAUUUCCGCCUUCGGGAUCAUCAUGGCCGUCAUUUUCCUCGUCAUCAACAUCACCUACCGCAAUCAGAGGUACAUCAAAAUGUCCAGUCCGUACCUGAACAAUCUGAUCAUCAUCGGCUGCGUGCUGACCUACAUGAGCGUCAUCUUCCUAGGGCUGGACAGCCAGCUGACCUCGGUCACCAGCUUCCCGUACAUCUGCACAGCGAGGGCGUGGCUGCUGAUGUCAGGAUUCUCCCUGGCUUUUGGCUCCAUGUUCUCCAAAACGUGGCGCGUCCACUCCAUAUUCACAGACCUCAAACUAAACAAAAAGGUGAUAAAAGACUACCAGCUGUUCAUGGUGGUCGGCAUUCUGCUGAUGAUCGACGUGGCCAUCAUGACCACCUGGCAGGUCACCGACCCUUUCUACAGGGAGACAAAGCAGAUGGAGUCCUACCCUCAUCCGACGAGUCCCGACACGGUGAUCAUUCCAGAAAACGAGUAUUGCCAGAGUAACAAGAUGAACUACUUCAUCGGUGCCAUCUACGCGUACAAGGGACUCCUUUUGAUCUUUGGCGCUUUCCUGGCGUGGGAAACGCGGCACGUGAGCAUUCCGGCGCUCAACGACAGCAAGUACGUGGGCAUGUCCGUGUACAACGUGGUGAUCAUGUGCGUGAUGGGGGCCGCGAUCUCGUUCGUGCUGAGCGACCAGAAGGACGCCUCCUUCAUCAUCAUCUCUGUCUUCAUCAUCUUCUGCACCACCGGCACCCUGUGCCUUGUGUUCGUGCCAAAGUUAAUUGAACUGAGGCGAAACCCUCAAGGGUCGAUGGAGAAGAGGCUGAGAGGCACUCUGAAGCCGAUGGCCAAGGGUGCGCGGCGCGACUCGACCACAUCCGAGAUGGAGGAGAAACUCAAGGACGCCACAACUCUGAAUCAGCGCUUCAGAAAAACACUCAGGGAAAGAGACACCGAACUUCAGGGCCUGAUUCAACGAUUGGGUCCUGACGCGGACAACCUACCAGGGGAGCCGCCUUCGAGACUGACUGUGCCCAAAGAUUCUGCUCUCAGGAGAGAGGCGCCCUCUGCCACUGAAACCACUGACAUCAGCUCAUUAUGUUCAUUGGCUUCCUCUCAAGAAGUCGGCAUCGACCCUGCCAACCAAUCGGACACUCCUGGACAAAGAAAACGGGCGAGCUUCAAUAAGUUGCCGACAAUUUCGGCGUCAAAAGAGACUGUGGCGAUGAUGACGCCGUGCGAGCCGAUCGCAGCCGUUAUGGUGUCGGCGGUGACGGCGUCAAUGACGUUGGAGUCGACGCCCGAAGAGCGGCACAUGUCGGACAAGAGUUGCGGCGCCGGCGACUCGGGCGAGUCGGACGACGACCGGACGGUGCCUGAGAUGGACGAGUCGGACCAGGAGGUGCCGCUACCGUGCAUCAAGAAGGGCGUCUCCUUCAGCGACGUCACGGCCGAGUCGCCGCCGCCCCCGCGGAGGCCACCCACCCCCAAGCACACCACCCCCAAGCACAAAACGCCGCAGCCACCGACGCCGCCGCCCUCGCUGCGGCGCCGCGCCUCGUCCGGCGCCCGGACGCCCACGCACCAGAGCCGCAGGCCGUCGGCGCCGGCCGUCGCGACCAAGGAGCACCCCCACCCCCACCACCACCACCACCAUCAUCAUCACCACCACCACGCGCACCAUCCGCAGGGACACUACCACGACGUGUCCAGGAGCGAGGAAGUACUUUUGGAUGAGCCUGAAAGUCCGCACAGCUCCUCGCCAAUGCAGCGCUCCGUGUCGGAGAGGUCACGCGGGGGCUCGUCGUCCUCUCUGCGAGGGGCCAACGGCGUGGAGCACCCCGCGUCGGCGGCCGCGGCGGUGGCCAGCACGACGGGCCGCGGCCGCAAACCGGCCGCCUACAGUCUCGUGCAGAGUUCGCCGAACGUGAGCAUGGACGGCGCGGCCACGUUGGGCCGCGUGCCCAACAAGAAGCAGCACAUCAACAACAACAUGUCGGCGGCCGACCUCGCCGACAACCUCGCCAUCCUGCCCAUCUUCCAGAAACUGCUGAGCGAACGGCACCGCACCCGCGGCGGCUACUCGAUCGCCUCCUGCCCCAACAUUUCCAUCAAGUGCGACAUCGUCGAGUACCUCUAGAUAAUCAAAUUUUCGAUCGAAUUCUCGGACUCCUGAUUGUUGUUGUUCGUUGUUGUCUCCGGGAGCGGCAGAAUUUUUUGCAAAAAAACAAACAAUUUCCGAAAAAAAUAAUGAUAACGUUGGAUGAAUUUGCCUCGAACGUCGUUUCGGUUAAAAUUUUGUAAUUUGAGAUAAAAAAAUUUGUAUUUAUGAAAUGAGCAAGGCCUAAUUUUUUUCAAAAUCAAUUUCACGUGCGUUCCGAAAGCAAAACAAUUUAACAAUUUAAACUCGGCCUGCUUUUGGAAACGCGCAAGAUUUGACUUGAUGAUUUUUUAAUUUUAUUUUAGUGCUUUUGGUGACUUUCAAUGGAUUAAAAAUACCCUAUUUCCCCCCCGAAAGUGUUGAACGUUCAAAGUGUCCAACGCAAGAAGGUGAUCGAAACAAUUUUGGAAGACGAAAAACUGGUGCAAAAGUUGUAAAUUUAUAUAGAAAUCAUUAUGGUGUUCACACAGCGUUAAAAACUUUUUGGAAAAAUGUUUAAAUUAAAAAAUCAUGUUGAUGUUUUUCAUUUUCUUUCAAGAAGAUAUAUAAAAAAAUCAGGUGUCACUUCUUCAGUUUAUCAGCUCAAUAACUGCGCGCGGCGGCGAAGCAUCCGUUUGCUCAAGUGGACAAAAAUUUACUAAUUAAAGUAUUUACGAAAAAGCGUUUGUCUCCUCCGAUGUCUCAAUCAAAACGACGAACGUAUCUAUGCGUCUUAAAAAUCUGAACAAAACAAACCGAGUGCUGACUGUGUGGUGAUUCUAUUCAACACAAAAACACUAGGACGAAAAAUAACUGAAAUAAAAUGAAUGAAAAAAAGUGCGCGCCGAGGAGAGCCUCACAUUCUGGCCAAAUGGAAAAAAAAUCGAUAAUGAGCCCAUCGAGUUUUUAAGAAGUUGCAAAUUGUCAAUUUUAUACAAAGGUGUUUUAAAAUAAGUGUGGAAAAUUAUUAUUUAUACUUCUCAAUUUAUUUUAUUUUUUGAUUUGUUAAUGAAAAUAUUGUACAAGGAAAGUAGAAUUGCAGACAUAUCAGUGAAUGCAGUUUGGUUCUUUGGAAGAAUUAGAAAAAUUCCUGUUAAAGAAUCUAACUGCAUUCGGAAUUUUAAAUUUCACAAUAUUUUGUUGAUUUCUUAAAAUCAGGCUUGUCGCUAGUUCCUAAAAAUCUCGCAUGAUUCUCAAUUUCUCGUGUUGUAUUCACAUCUAAUGAACAUUUAAUUCAAAUGGUGCAAGACGUCAAUUACAAAUUAACAUAGUGUUAAAUAUAUUCUAAACGCAAUUUGCACUAAACAUCCGAAACUUUGGCCAGCGUGUGUUGGCACAAAAGGGGCGCUUAAUCGAUCAUUGUAACUGUGUUGUUAUGGGCCUAUGCCGUAAUUAAAUGAUAAAAAACAAUUAUUAAAAUUAUAUAAAUUGGUUGAAAAGAGAAUGCAUGAUUUGAGUGGCCUAUGUUUCGAUUAAUUGGUCAGUGUUUAGCAGAUUCUCUAAUAAAUGUUUAUUACGAAAUCUCAAAUCUCAUUUCUAUAACAAGUCUCUGUGAAGAAAUUCAGAUAAAAAAAUCAAUUAAUCCACAUAAUUCAAUGGGAGUUAUGUUUUCUUAUUAGAACGGAUGUGAGAAAUGGCGAGAUGAAAGAGUGACUUGAUUGAGGAGAUUAAUCGUUAAUUGGCUGUUUCGUUUCUAUAUAACUGUAGUGCGGCGAUCUCCAAUCCUGAUUGUGUGUGUCUGAAUGCAAGUGUGGCAAGAGACAUUUUAUUAAUAAAAUCGAAAAGUG